AUGAAUUUCAUGUUCCCUGGUCUUGAAGCCAGGCGGCCAGCUAACCUCAUCAGCGAGACUCAAUUCGACAUCGCAACAGUGGUUUCGGAUUACUUGUUCAGCGCAUGGACUUACGUUUUGACAGCAGCAAUGAUGACUUACGAUUUAGGUAAUGACGAUAUGCUUACUUGCCUCGUCUAUUUCUUUAAACGUCUACGCCCUCUCAAGGCCUUUACAAUAGUCUCUCGCUACUUUCAUCGCGAGGGCAUUACGACUCCUCCUCCUCCUCCAAUACUUCCCCCAUCCUCUCCAUCUACCACCACCACCACCACCACCAACAACAACAACGACGAAGACGACGAAGACGACGACGAAGAUGAUGAAGAUGAUGAAGAUGAUGAAGAUGAUGAAGAGAAGCCCGUAUCAGCAUCAUACAUUUUCAUACGUCCUGCAGCCUAUCGCCUAACAAAAAUGCUUCCUUCUGGUGCUAACUGGACUGCACCAACUUGA